CACACACACACACAGAUCUGAUCUGGAGUUGAACUUUGACCUGAACACAAAGAACACAGAUUCACUCUGAAGACCACGGCACAAUAACAGAUGAAUGGAUGAGUCCGCCUGGUAACAAAGACUCACCCUCUCCACCACCGACGUGCCUCUGCUACAAACUGGUUUUUACUCAUACAUAAAACAAACUCACCAUCACCACAAUGAAUCUGUUGAAGAAGAUCUCGUCUUUCUUUUCGGCACCGAAAAAUCCUGAACACCAAACGCCACCUUUAGGUGUCCCUGAUUCCAAACCAUUUGUUUACAUUCCACCGGAGUCAGAGAGCGUUCUACGGCUUGCCGAUGUCAUACGACAAAAAAGCACGUUGCUGGAACCCAACACUGGGCCCCUCCCCAUUUUUAAAAUCCCUCUGACUAAGGAAGACAUCAACGUGGACGGGUGCAAACGUUUCCGUUUUGGAAAUGAGUCUGUCAAACACAAUCGCACCAUCAUGGUUCUUGGAGCAACUGGUGCCGGCAAGUCAACACUUAUCAAUGGCUUCAUCAAUUACCUGUUAGGCGUAGAAUGGGAAGAUAAUUUUCGGUUUAAAUUAGUCGAUGAAGGUCACGCGAUAACACAAGCUGUGAGUCAGACAUCUGAGGUCACUGUGUACAAACUCAACCACCAGGAAGGUUUUAAGACCAACUUCUCACUGACCAUAGUCGACACUCCAGGCUUCGGAGACACCAGAGGCAUCAUAAGAGACAAGAUGAUUGUCGAGCAGCUGCGUAAUCUCUUCUCCGCUAACCUUGGAGUCAGUGAGAUCGAUGCUGUGUGUUUCGUAGCUCAGGCCGCGUUAGCACGACUCACACCCACGCAGAAAUAUGUUUUUGAUUCAGUUCUUGCAAUCUUUGGCAAAAACGUGGCAGAGAACAUCCGGGUUCUGGUGACAUUUGCAGACGGACAACGUCCACCAGUUCUGGAGGCGAUCAACGCCUCAGGCGUCCCCUGUCCGACAACACCUGAAGGACUGCCCGUUCACUUCAAAUUCAAUAACUCGGCACUAUUUGCCGACAACAAAUCGUCCAAAGCAGAAAACAUGAAUUCAGACGACCAAGACGGAAACUUUGAUAAGAUGUUCUGGAACAUGGGCAUGAGAAGCAUGAAGAGGUUUUUUGUUGCCUUGAAUGUGAUUGAUACGAAAAGCUUGACGAUGACAAGGGACGUCCUCAGAGAAAGACAGCAGCUGGAGAUUUCAGUCGACAGUUUGCAGCAGCAGGUGAAGAUCGGGUUAGCCAAGCUCGAGGAGAUAAAGGAAACGGCUCAGCAACUCAAAGAGCACGAGGCCGAGAUCAGCAGGAACAAGGAUUUUGUGAUCACGGUCAGAGUCACAAAGCCGUUUCAGGUUGAUAUUUCAGGAAGUGGAAUUUACCUCACCAACUGUCAGCAGUGUCACUUCACCUGUCACGAUAAUUGCGUCUACGCAAACGAUCCCGAUAAAAUACAUUGUUGGGCAAUGGGGCCAAAUGGUUACUGUAAUCAGUGUCCAAGUAAAUGUAUCUGGAAUGUCCAUUAUAAUCAAAAGUACAAAUGGGAGUACAAGGAAGUCGUGGAGAGCAAAACAGUGAAAGAGCUGGAAGAGAAAUACCUCCAAGCCACGCAGGCGAAAUCUCCUGUUCAGGCCCUGAUCGAUCGGCUGAGAGCGGAGUACGAUAUGGUGCAGGUUGAGGUGGUCAGACUCAUGGAAAAGUCCGCUGGGUGUCUGAACCGACUAAAAGAGAUUGCGCUGAAGCCAAAUCCUCUGUCCACACCAGAGUACAUCGACAUGCUCAUCGAGGGAGAAAAGUCUGAAGCCAAGACCGGCUGGAAACAACGAGUCCAGUAUCUGAUCGGCAUGAGAGAAAAAGCAGAGUACAUGGCUAAAGUGGACCGAGGAGAGGAACUCCUUCAAAGUUCACCUACCGAUCUGGACUGUUUUAAUCCAAACCAACCAGACAACAGUGUCAACCAAAGUGAGUCUGAUGCCGAACCAGAUCCAGAGGAGGCAGAGUCUGAUGCCGAACUAGACGAGUCUGAUCUUGAUUUAGAUCUAGACCAGGAUGAGGAUGAGGAACAUUUUACUGUUACUGGUAAUGAAAGUGAAAAUGAAGACGGCAAGAACGUUUGUAUGAUAGACUCAGAUGAGGCAGACUCUGAUGAAGACCCAAAGUAAAAUGGCUGACACACAGAAGGAAUAUGGACAUUUAUGGAUCUGUGUCAAACGUGCACUUCUUGUUCCCCCAAAGAAAAAAAGCUCUAAGACACACAGCACUGAAGCUACAGUAGCAACAGUAGCUACAUUACUGUAGGUACUGAAGCUAAUGUAGCUACUGAAGCUACAGUAGCUACAUUAGCUUCAGUAGCCACAGAGCUGUUUCACUUUAAUGUCACUGCAUUUAUUUUUCGGUUUUUGAUUAAGUCCACAGCUUUUAGUUCUGUAAAUGACUUCUGAAAUAUAUCAAUAUGCAAAUGUAACCACUGCCUUUGCCUGUGUGUAAACAUAACAAAACAAAAACCCUAAAAGACCACAAGAGGUCGCCAAAUGAUCAUUACAAUGAAUAUAUAUACAUAUAUGUAUAUAUGUA